AUGGAGGAUGGCGACCUAGAGUCCGAUGAGGAACGCCACGCGAGAGGUAGCAGUACAGAGACCACCACUACCCGUGGAAGUAGUCGGUCGAAGUAUUCUGGAACGGCAGGGAGCUCCAGCCGUCAGACGUCGGCAGAGUCCGGAGGAGGGAUGGUAUCGACGGAUGUGGAAGAGGUGGUAAAGAGAGAGAUCGAGUCGGCGACCGGGUCGCGCUUGGCUCAGGUAGAAGGAGCUCUACGAGAGUUAUCGAGGAAGCAAGCGGAGCUGGAGAGCAGGGAAAAGCAGCUCGACGAGGCAAACGGAACCUCAUCGGCAGGCGCACUUGCUUUAGUCACCAACGCGGCGACCACCAGCGGCGCGUCGUCAUCAGUUGCUACUGGCGCCGAAGCUGGAGGGUUGGUCGUAUCCCAAGGUGGAGGCACUGCUGGUGCGGAGUGGGUCGAGUACUGGGACGAGAGCGCAGGCGCGAGCUACUUCUUCAACACCGUAACGCAGGAGGCUAGCUGGACAAACCCGAACGAAGGAACGGAGUCUAGGGUGGCAGGGGGCGCUAUCGUGGCAAGUGAGGCUGGAAGUGGAGGGGCAGGAGGAGAAGGGGGCCGGGCCGCGGGUCCAGAAACACUUUCUCAGCACGAAGACGGCCGUGCAAAGUGGACGGAGUGCUUAGAUGAGGCCAGUGGAUCGACCUACUACUACAACGUCAUCACGGGCGAGGCUGUGUGGGAGAAACCAGCCGAGUUGUCGAACAUGAAAGGCGCGGUCGGCGGAGUCCCUCAGUUCGACCGGCCGGAGGAUUGGGUGUGCUACCUCGACGAGACUUCCGGGGAGGAGUACUGGUUCAAUUUAACCACCGGAGAGACUCAUUGGGGAUCGGCAUAG